AUGUUAUAUAUAUUUUUUUUUUAUUCCUUGCAAUAUUUUUUAUUAAUUAAUAUUUGCAUUUCACAAGAACCACAAGAGGGAAACCCAGAUUUAUCUUUAGAAGAAAUAUAUUCAAAUAUUCAUACAAGAAAUAACUUUCCUAAUACUGGAAAUUCUAUUGAUACAGUAAAUAUAGAACAAGAUGAAAUUCUUGAUUUAGAAAACAUAUCUAGUCAUUUCUUUAUAGAAGAAAAAAAUUCACAUUCUGAUAAUGAAGAUUACCCUUUUAGCAUGGGUUUAGUUGACACAAUAAAUUUAGAGAAAAGUGAGUCAUGUGAUAUAACAAAUAUUUUAGAUGAAGUACAAUGUUCGUUAAUGGAUUCGUUAAUUAAACCUUUCUAUCCAUCUUUUGAAAGUGAUUACACAAUUGAUGCUACUCAUGAAAAACUAUUUAGUGUAAACAAUUUAAUGAAUACAGAAAAUGUAGAACAUGAAGACUCUGUUGAAAUACAAAAUUCCUUAGGUGAAAUUCUAAGUGCAUUACCAGAUUCUCAUACACAACCUUUAGAUUUACCUCUUGAAUAUGAAAACUCAACUGUUCAUACUGAAACACGGUGUUUUAACAUAAGUUUAAUGGAUACAAAAGAUCAAAAACAUAAUGAUUUAUAUAAUCCACAAUCUAUUUUAGAUUAUUCAUCAGGAACUCCCAUUUAUUUGAAAGGGGGAUUCCUUGAGCUACUCCUAGAAGAUCAAUAUCCUUCUAUUAGUUAUGAAAAUGUGCUUCCCACUACUAGCAGUUUAACGAUCCCAAGAAGUGUAAAAAAUGAAGAAUAUGAUAAAUUACAAAUUAUUCCUGUUGAUUCUCCUACAGAAAAACCUGCUAAAGCUAUUAACGAUAAUAAAGAUAUGAGCUCAGUAGAGGAAAUUGAACAAAUAUCAGAAGAAUGCAUGAGAAAUGAAAAAAAUGAAGAAAAAAUUGAUGAACAAAUUCGUGAAGAAAAUAUGUUUGGAGAACAAAAUUUCUCUAUUGAUUUACCUGAUAUCAAUCCUAGUAUGAAUAUCAAUAGUGAUAACACGCCGUCACGCAAAAAAAAAGGAAAGAAGAGAAAUUACGAAGAUAUUGAUAAUUUAGGUGAUCAGAAUAUUGAAGAAAAUAUAUGCAUUAAAUCAAAAAAAAAUUAUGCUUAUAAUCAAAUUGGUGAUGAUCUUGUUUCUUCUAUUUCAAAUAUUUUCAAAAUGCAAAUUAACUGUUUACCAGAUAGUGUAGUUCUAAGUUUACAAAAAUUAAGAGAUAUAUUAGACGAUGACAAUAAAAGUACAUAUAAUAAUAUAGAAAAAAAAAUGAACAUAAACAUUUUGCUAUUAAGAGAGAUUAUAACUGAGGAAAUAAAAAAAAUGAAUCCUUCUGACUUAAGAGUAAUAAGAGAAUACUAUGAUGAAAAUAUAAAAGAAGAAAAAUUAGUAAAAAGCAUUAAUAGAAGUAUUUUGUCAUUUAAUCAUGAAACGAGCCAUGAAUUUAAUAGAAAAGAAAUACAUAAAAAAAUAAAGCAAAUUUUAGAAAUUUUUGAGGAUUUAGCCAAUGAGCAUAGAUUUUUGCGGGACUUAUAUCAUUUAAAAUCAGAUGUUAUGGAUAAAUUCAUAUACAAUAAAUUAUUUUCUUUUUCACUUAUUCAGUCAUUAGAAGUCUGUAAACGUAUUUUUGGAUUAUUUCAACGCAUGGAUGAAUUAAUAGAACGUGCAGAAAAAUCAAUUAAAGAUGGAUUUAUAUUAGUAGAUCGUAGUUAUUUUUGUGAGACUCAAAAGAUUAUGUCUAGUCUUUAUAUAUCGAUAAAUGCAACUAUUAGAAAUAAUUUGGUUAAAAUGGACUAUAUUUUGAAAAAAUUGAAUUUAUCAUAUAAAAACCAUAGUAUAAUAGUAGAAGUUAUUUUUCAUUUUUUUAAAAAAGAAAACGCAAAAAAUAUGGAAAAAUUAAAACCUUACAUGAAUAAUCCUUAUAAAAAAAAUUCUUUAGAAGCAAUUUAUGAUUUUUUAUUAGAGGAAGAAAGUUGUAUUUCAUGCAUCCAUAAUGAAGCAUCUGAAAUUUUUAAUGUAAAUUUAAAUGAAAAAAAUAAGGAAGGAAUGUCCUUUGAUGAUUUAAUAAGUAACGAAAAUUAUGCAGAUCAUUUAUUUUCUCUUUAUGAGAUCCUUAUGAAAUUAAUCGGAGGUUUAUUUACUAAGAGACAGUUAACCAUUAUUAUGGAAGUACGUAGAUCAUUAUAUAAUAUGAAUUCAUUGAGAGCAAGGAAAUAUAUUUCAUAUAAAACAAAAAAAAUUUUAAAUAAAGAGCACCAAUUAAAUUUAAUUUCUCAAAUAGAAAAAGAAAAAUGUAGAAUGGAAAAUAUUAAGCUUAAUAUAAAAAGAUUACAUUUAUUUGUUACUACAAAAGAUGAAAUAAAACGUAUUAAAGUAUCAAGCCAUUUAGUAGAUAAAAUAAAUAGAAUUUCAUCAAUUUUACAUUUCAUUUGUAAAAUAACAUAUGAAAGUGAAGAUAAAACUAAUCCUAAAAAAAAAAAGACUAGAAUAGGAAGUAUUUUGCUUGCAUUAUAUUAUGCCAACCAAAGGCUUUUAGAGUUUACUGAAAAUGAAAUACAAUAA